UCAGGACUUGGGUGAUCCAGGAGCCUUCUACCGCCUCCAGAGAGGAUCAGUUCAAGGAAGCUCAGGUUACCCUAAACGGAUUUGUCCUUGCUUUAGUUUUCACUGUUUCCUCCACUAGGUGCUGGACUUUGGUUUGAAAUCCAGCCGCUUGCUUCUAUCAAGUUGGAAUGUUAGUUUCGGCUUGUCGAGACUUCAGAGUGUCAACGGGAACAGUAUAAAUUAAGGCAGACCACCUAUUGCCCACAUACAGGAUCUGCACUGUUUUGUUUUUAGGGGAAAGUCCUUUUCUGUUUUUCUCUACGUUAAUCAGUGAGACCACGUUGCUCGCCAUGAAUGUGACAAGUCUGUUCUCCUUUACCAGCCCAGCAGUUAAGCGGUUGUUGGGAUGGAAGCAGGGGGAUGAAGAAGAAAAAUGGGCAGAGAAGGCUGUUGAUGCAUUAGUUAAAAAGCUUAAGAAGAAAAAAGGUGCCAUGGAGGAGCUGGAAAAAGCAUUAAGCUGUCCUGGUCAGCCCAGCAACUGUGUAACAAUUCCUCGUUCCCUGGAUGGCAGGCUUCAAGUUUCACACAGGAAAGGGCUACCGCAUGUAAUUUACUGCCGAGUGUGGCGCUGGCCAGACCUCCAGAGCCAUCAUGAACUGAAACCACUGGAAUGCUGCGAGUUUCCCUUCGGUUCAAAGCAGAAGGAGGUUUGCAUCAAUCCGUACCACUACAAACGCGUGGAGAGUCCUGUUCUUCCUCCAGUACUGGUUCCAAGACACAGUGAAUACAACCCUCAGCACAGCCUCUUGGCUCAAUUCCGCAACUUGGGACAAAAUGAGCCUCACAUGCCCCACAAUGCAACUUUCCCAGACUCUUUCCAGCAACCCAACAGUCACCCGUUCCCACACUCUCCCAAUAGCAGUUAUCCUAAUUCUCCUGGAAGCAGCAGUAGCACAUAUCCUCAUUCUCCAGCCAGCUCAGACCCAGGAAGUCCUUUCCAGAUGCCAGCUGAUACUCCCCCUCCUGCUUACCUGCCUCCGGAAGAUCAGAUGACACAGGAUGGCUCCCAGCCAAUGGACACCAACAUGAUGGCUCCCUCAAUUCCUCCUGAAAUAAACCGAGGCGAUGUUCAGGCAGUUGCCUAUGAAGAGCCGAAACACUGGUGUUCCAUUGUCUACUAUGAACUCAAUAAUCGUGUUGGGGAGGCAUUUCAUGCCUCCUCCACUAGUGUGCUGGUAGAUGGUUUCACUGAUCCUUCAAACAACAAAAACAGGUUUUGCCUUGGGCUUCUCUCUAAUGUUAACCGGAAUUCCACUAUUGAGAACACAAGGCGGCAUAUUGGCAAAGGAGUUCACCUCUAUUAUGUUGGCGGAGAAGUGUAUGCUGAAUGCCUUAGUGACAGCAGUAUUUUUGUGCAGAGUCGGAACUGCAACUAUCACCAUGGGUUUCAUCCAACCACGGUGUGCAAAAUUCCCAGUGGCUGCAGUUUGAAAAUAUUCAACAACCAAGAGUUUGCUCAGCUUCUGGCUCAGUCAGUGAACCAUGGCUUUGAAACAGUGUAUGAGCUUACCAAGAUGUGCACUAUUCGUAUGAGUUUUGUAAAGGGCUGGGGAGCUGAAUAUCAUCGCCAAGAUGUAACGAGCACUCCAUGCUGGAUUGAGAUACAUCUGCACGGGCCUCUUCAGUGGCUGGACAAAGUUCUCACUCAGAUGGGCUCACCUCAUAAUCCUAUUUCCUCUGUGUCUUAAAGAGUUGCAAGCUUCUGUGUUUUAGAGACUUUUGAGCCUUGCAUGUACUUGAAGGAUGUAUGAGUCGGACACAUUUAGGAACUGGUAACAGCUGAAUAAGAGCCUUGAUAAUACUUGACCUCUGUGACCAACUGCUGGAUUCGGAGUGGGGGGAAACCGAAACCUUUUAACAUACUGUUGGCAUCAAAAUUUUUUGGUUUACAUUGUAAAGUUAUAUUAUAAAACUGUUUUCUGCAAAUCUUUUAGCAGGACUUUGUUAAUAGUUAGAGAUGACCAAGACAACAACAAGCUCCUGCACUGUGUUCCCAAGGGAUCUCCCUGUUGCUGGCACUCUGAGGUCUCCUUUUUCACAUGUUCAGCUUUUGUUGUCUAUCACUCUGUGUUCUCUGGGCUUGAGAGCCUGCAUGGAAGUCUGCUUCCCACAGGCUUUCUAAAAUACAUUGUUAAACCAUUUUGUCUAGUGAUAGCUCCUGUUCUCUUAAAGAAUAUGAUUUAGUCUUGAUCCCGUGUAAUAAUCUCUCUGAAAAUGUGUACUGACCAUACUGCUGUAAGAAUGUUAGGUAUGCUUUUUGCUAAAUGUAUGUACAGUGUAUUUGAAAGUUUUAGAAUUGAUUUAGGUUAGAUUAGAGGACUUAGAAGUAUACAAGUGGGGAAGGGAUGGGAAGGGAAAAUGACAACUGAAAUAUAGAAUAUACUGUAAACAUAGCGUGUUAGUUUAAAGAAACAAAACUGAAGCCUGGAUUUUGCUGUGUAUUUCAAUUUAUUGUUUUUAUAGUGGCUUUAUCAUAACUCUGAUUUAUUUUUGCCCCUUUCCUCCCCCCCAAAAAAAGCAGUUAUGCAGCUAGUUAAUUCUUAUGGCUGACAGGAGGGCAAAAUUAAGCUUCUGACUGCAGUUCUCUAUAUUUCAAGACAAAUUGUACAGUCUGUUUUUGAACUAUGUAGCAGUUUUAUGCAGUUUACAUAACAGAAGUAGGCUUUAAUUUUUGUAAGAGAAGUUUGUUUUGCCAAAGUUAGUAACUGUUAAAUGUUCAGAGGACUUAAAACCCCUGUUUUGGAUCCAUUUCAAACUUAAAAA